AUGGCAGAGCAAGUACGGGAGACGCUCAUAAAUCCAGAUCCAGAAACUCCGUACGAUGUUUUAAAGCAGAAAGUUAUUAAGGUUGCUUCAUUAUCAGAUCAGAAAGCUAUUGAUCAGUCGCUGAGCAAUGUUAGUCUGGGUGAUAGAACACUUUCACAACUCAAAAGCCAUAUGUGUAACAUUUUAGGAGAUCGGAAGAUAGACACCAGGUUUUUCUACCAAUUGUGGCUAAGGCAGUUACCCCACAACAUUCAGCAAGUAUUAGCAUUUGGAGAUGAAGACAUAGAUAUUGACAAGUUAGCAGAGAUUGCUGACAAAAUGUAUGAACGGAUGUCUCCACAAGUAACAUCUGUAAUCGACAAAUCGUCAGACGAACGCAUAGAAGCCUUAGAACGUAAAAUAGAUGUUCUGACCAAGCAAUUAAUGACGAUGAGGGUUAAUAGACAACCUAGUGCAUCAUACAGAAGACAACGUAGUCGCUCACGCAAUGUACGUGAAUAUAGUUGA